GGGGGGGGGGCGGCUUUCUGCAUGUGAGCUUCUGCACGUAGCAUUCGGGAUUUUAGGAAUCCAGCCCCUGAACACCAGAUGGACAUCGGUGCGCAGCAACGUCCCCGCUAGGUGCGAGUACCAGACUGCUGCUGCUCAUCUUCCUUUCAACUGGUCCCCGCUGUUUGGACCCCGGAGCACGGGAGGACUCGUCUCUGAUCCCUGCGGCAGGAUGCUCUCGUUUAGGAUGGAGCUGCCAUGUUUAAGUCUCCUGUUGCUGAGCUGUCUGCAGUCGCUCUCUGCCAACAAUGACUUCUUCACCUCCAUAGGCCAGAUGACGGAUCUGUUGUACACAGAAAAAGACCUGGUCACCUCCCUGAAGGACUACAUCAAAGCGGAGGAGACCAAGCUGGAGCGGGUCAAACAGUGGGCUGAUAAGUUGGAUUCGUUGUCGGCUGUGGCCAUCCAGGACCCCGAGGGCUUCCUGGGGCACCCUGUCAAUGCCUUCAAGCUGAUGAAGAGGCUGAACACAGAGUGGGCGGAUCUGGAGAGCCUUGUGCUCAGUGACACCACUGAUGGAUUUAUAUCCAACCUGACGAUCCAGAGACAGUACUUCCCGACGGAUGAGGACCAGACGGGGGCGGCCAAAGCUCUCCUCCGGUUACAAGACACUUACAGACUGGAUGCCAACACUAUCUCCACAGGGGACCUACCUGGGGUGAAACACAAGAGCCUGAUGACCGUGGAGGACUGUUAUGAGCUGGGGAAAAUUGCCUACUCUGACGUUGAUUACUACCACACAGAGCUGUGGAUGGCCCAGGCCCUGAAACAGCUGGAUCAGGGCGAGGAGUCCCCUUUAGAUCGGGUGAUACUGCUCGACUACCUCAGCUACUCCAUCUACCAGCAGGGGGACAUUGAGCGAGCCCUGGAUUUCACCAAGCAGCUGCUGGCACUGGACCCUGAGCAUCAGCGCGCCAACGGCAACCUGAAAUACUUUGAGUUCCAGUUAGAGAAGCUGAAAAAGGAGGCGGCGGACGCACCUCCAACAGAGAAGAAGCAAAAAGAGAAAAGAGAAGCAACAGAGAAGAUAAAGAAGCCCAAAAAGAAGUUCCUGACUCCUCAGCUCCCAGAGAGGAAGAAGUAUGAGAUGCUCUGUCGUGGCGAGGGCAUACGCAUGACCCCCCGCAGGCAGAGCCGGCUGUUCUGUCGUUACUAUGACAACAAGCACAACCCCAUGUAUGUGCUGGCGCCGGUCAAACAGCAAGACGAGUGGGACCGCCCCUACAUCGUCCGCUUCAUUGACAUCAUCUCUGACAAAGAAAUGGAGAGGGUCAAGCAGCUGGCAAAGCCACGGUUAAGGCGAGCCACGGUGCAUGACCCCCUAACCGGCAAACUUACAACGGCCCAGUACAGAGUCUCCAAGAGUGCCUGGCUCACCGGCUACGAGGAUCCGAUAAUUGACAAGAUCAACCAGAGAAUCGAGGAUCUCACCGGUUUGGAGAUGGACACUGCAGAAGAGCUGCAGGUUGCAAAUUACGGCGUUGGAGGUCAAUACGAGCCUCACUUUGACUUUGGACGGAAAGACGAGCCAGACGCCUUUAAAGAGCUGGGCACCGGGAACCGCGUAGCAACGUGGCUCUUCUACAUGAGUGAUGUAGCAGCAGGUGGAGCCACAGUAUUUCCAGAUGUUGGUGCAUCAGUUGGGCCCCAAAAGGGCACCGCAGUGUUCUGGUACAACCUGUUUCCCAGCGGGGAGGGAGACUACAGCACCCGGCACGCAGCUUGUCCAGUGUUAGUGGGCAACAAGUGGGUAUCAAACAAAUGGAUCCAUGAGCGAGGUCAGGAGUGGCGGCGGCCUUGUUCCCUGAAUGAAACCGAAUGACGGGCAUAAUGAAGCCUUCCUCCUCACCUCCUACGGCCCUCUCUCGCUUCCUUUCCUAGUGAAGCACCCAGGAACAAAGACCACCGCGGCGGAUCAGGCAGGAUUCAUGCACGGGGUCCAAGCGGCUCACUCCCUCCCCACGAACACUCCCUUUCCUGCACAGCUGUUACGCUCUGAGCCCAGAGGUUGUCUCUGUUAACGUCAAGCCCCUGGACAGUUUUUAUUUUUUAUUUUUAAGCAUUGCUAUGACAGAUUAUGUAUGUUCUUUGGAUUGUUUGAUCCCACUCCGAUGUGUCCCGUCUUUGCACCCUAAUAUGAACGCUGUUUCUUAGUUGAGGUCAUCCUUCAGCAGUGACUUUGGGGACCUUGAACCUUAAAGGAACACCUCACGUUUUUUAAGAGGCCUGUCUGAUUCUUUGCAUUCCUUCGUUUCAACACGGCAAUUAAGCCGGUGUUGUUCUUUUUUUUUUUAUUAUUAAAGCAGUUUAAACAAUGGCAAUUAGUUUGGGUUGCACUCAAUUUCUUUGCAAAAUCAUUUUCCAGAUCUUUGGUUUUCUGAGUCUGGCCAUUUCCUCACAGGGGAUUGAAUGGGCGUACAUAGUUCACUCAAUUCCUUUCUUUGCUUUAUUUUCACGUUAUAUCGAUCGAUCUACAUCAAAUAAGUUUAAGAUUCAAAACGAACAAAUUAAGUACUUUGUAGAAGGAAUGAAAAGACAUAAAAAAACUCCAAUUCUAGGUAGUGUUUUGUUUGAAAGGAAACCUUUGUGUAACUAAUCAGAAGGAGUUGAGGUGUCAUGGCUACCUCUAUGCAGUGCAUUUUGACGUAUCACAUGACGUGUUUAUCCACCUCAAAGACUUGUGUUCUUUUGGCUCAAGUCCUCUAAAUGGCCACACUACAAGAUACCGUUAUAUUGGUUGUACAAAGACUCAUGGGCACACUCCCACCUGGACACAGACACGGUCACGUCAACCCCGAUGCUGCAUAGAAUAAAGUAUUUUCCCACAAGGAUUGCAACAGUGUGUAAGCACCUAAAAUGACAACCAGCUAUCUUCAAAAUAGUAGAAGCACCAAAGGGACAACAAUAAGGAACACUAGGGAGAGAAGAGUGGCACAAACACCACAUUGUGCCGUGACAGGUUUAAAUACCCAGUAUUUUCAUUUUUUAUUAACAGAGUCAAUAAUCGUGGUUGGUUUUGAAUGGUGUCUAGUGCUUUUCCGUGGGAAAAUAUUUGUGUUUUCCAAGGGAGAAACAUUUUAUUUAUACGUCCCAAUCCAAUUUUGUGAUAUGUUUGCCUUACAUGAAAGUCUGAAAUUGUUUUUUUUUUCUACAAUAAAGACUGUUUUAUCGAUCUGAA